AUGGAUCCCGCUGAAACCAACUCAAUUUGCGACCUCGAAGGCACUGAGAUCACCACUGAAGCCAAGAUAGACCCUCCAUUGCCGUCUGUGACAUGGGUCAUUACCGAAAAGCUAAAGGAAACUUCCUUUUUUAGAUAUCAGGAAGACGCCAACGAGGACCUUGGUUAUCCAUAUGCUACUGCCAAAUUCCUCUGCUACCCUAAGGAUGACCCGGCUAAGACACCAGCUUUCUUACGAAUCUAUCAACAGAUCCCUAUCACCGGAACUGAGAACUCGAGAUCAAGAAUUCGAAUACAGCAGGCUAUAACACAAAGUACGAAUGAGUUAGAUAUACUGAAGGAACUUAUGCAGAUGGACUGCACAGUUGUUCCUAAGCUUCUUGGCUACCAAGAAGCACAGCAAGAAUCGGACGACAUUAUUCCCUCAGGCUUUAUUACCUAUGUUAUCUGGGAGAAAGUUCCAGGGGUACCGCUAUCUAAGCUAUAUAUCUGGAGGCAGACGCCUGAAGUCCGCGACGCUAUGCGUAAAGAAUUCCGUCGAGUCUACCAAGAGCUUGUAUCAUGCGGUAUUCAGCCAAUUCCCCCUCACGAAAGCAAGCUUAUCUAUGAUAAGUCGACCGGAAAGAUGCAUAUCUCGGGCUUCCGAAUGGGUCUCUCUAUCGAUAGCAACGAGAACUGGUCUGAUUUUAACUACGUCUUAUACGGACUAGUCCGACCUUGUAACAAGGAUUGGUACAAGGAUAGCGAUUGGGAAUGGUGA